AUGGACCAUCUCCACGUAACAGAAUUCGGGUCAGACCGAUAUCUUGAGAAGUUCAAUCAGUCGCAGGCAACUUCCACGUCAGCAACCGCCAACUCGGGCCCGUCUCAAUCCCCAUUCAUACUGCCCUUUCGCGGGACAUGUCCGCCAGAGUCAGAAGGCCCGUCCGCCAAACCGGGUGAUCAGAAGCGCUCCGAGAAGAAGGGGUUUGGUUUUCUUAGGAACAAGUUUUCCGUCAAGAGCUCCUCAGCCGCGGCCGCGAGCAGUUGCGAACACUCCGAACGAAGGCCUUUAUCACCGCGGUCGACGACAGCUAAGCAGAGUAUCCCAUUCGAUCAACUUUUUGUUGCCCUGCCGAGUGAAUUACAGGUGGAGAUCCUUGCCUCCCUUCCACUCUCAGACGUGUUGAACUUGCGGCUGGUGUCAAGAUCCCUACACGCCGUUGUCUCGUUAAACGAGACCCCAAUUACUCGCUAUCAUGUCGCUCAUCAAGUACCGGCAUACGCAAAACGUCUCUAUCCUGCCCCGGAAGGCGCCGCUUUAAAUUUCCACUAUCUAUGUGGGAUAUGGCACCGGCUGCACGUCGCCGCCAAGUUGUCGCACCUGAUGUGCGAAUGGAUAUCCAAGGAGUUGUUUUUGAGGAAUACUGAGGAGAAGAAGAGGGAAUUUGCGCCGCAGAGGGAACGGAUGCGACGGCGCCUCAUACCAGUGCUCUUCACCGUCUUCCACUUCUUCGAAACAUAUCGCAAACUGCAUCUCAAGUACAUCGCCGAACACGAUGGCAAUGGCUUGCUCAAAACACCCUACACGAUCAAUCCGAUUGAGGCCGAGAUUCUCAGCAUGUACGACGACAGGACCCUCCUCCGAGUUCACGAAGCCUUCCCGCUGGUGAUAUCGUCCUUUUGCAGGCGUCUUCGGCCACCGUCCUAUGUCGGUAGGGUGGAGCGAUCAUUGAGAGGAUACCUCAGGGACAAGCCCCCGGAUGAAGUACACGUCGCAAUCCUUUGUCUUGGGGGUCUGCGGGAGGUGGAAAGGAUAUGGGAAGUCAAAGGGUACAACGCUCGGCGAACCGCCGUGGACAACUGGUAUGCAUCUAUCACACGGGAUGUUGCCGAGCCGGAGACGAAAAGGCGACGGGGCAUGUUGGGGCUGAAACGCAGAAAGUCUUCGUUCACCCUGGGCAAGGCGAAUGCCGGGGACAGCCGCUCGGCUUCUGGCGGUCUGAACGGCUCGAGCGUCGCCCAAGGGAAGCAGCCCGAGAGCCUUGUGUUCCGCACGAGCCUGGCAGCUGGCAUGCCGAUGGGGUUUUUGGGUAGGGAAGAAUCCAGACUGCUCAUUCCCGACCUGCCAGUACUGCAGAAGAUCUGGGUCCACACAGCCGAAGCAAUGAUCCUGAACCGGAAAAUUGUCGAGCGGCCAUCAGACAUUCGACGCAACACCCAAGUGCUUACCGACUUGAUCCGUGAUUACGGUGAUGAGGAUGAGGACCAAUGGCUAUACGGCACCCUAGCGUCAGAUUCUAUACGGCCAAACCUUGAGGCGAUCGAAGAAGACUGCCUAUAA